AUGGCAAAUCGAUUACCUGCAGAAUGUUGGGAAGAGAUAUUCGAGAAUUUGGAUAUUUGUUCGCUUCAUACUGCAAUUCUGAUAAAUAGAAGAACUUUUUCUGCCGGAAUUGGAAAAUUAUGGAGUAGUCCUUUCGAAAUUUUUGAAAAUUCAAAAUUCACGAAAACAUGGAAAUUGUUAGAUGUUUACUUGCCAUAUUUAUCACAAGAAACUAAAGAUUUUCUCUUAGGUUUUAAGAUUAAUAUUGAUAAAAUACCUAUGAAGAAUCCGGUUUUUCCUUAUGCGACUUUAUUGAAAACACUUCAUUUGCCAUACGUGGAUCGAGGGAUUUCACUUUGGUUGGAAAAAAACGAUUAUGAUCCUCAUGAUUUGAUUAAUUAUGUUAAAACAAUGAGUACUAUCUUGAGAGAAUUAGUAAUUGUAUUCCUUAAUCAAUCAAAUAUUACAAACAUUUGUGCUGAAAAGUCAAAAUUCAUUCCUGGAAAGUAUUGGCCUAAAAAAAAUGCAAAUGAACAAAGUUAUGAGGUGGAACAAUCUCAUAAUGGUCCAUAUUAUUGGGACUCAUUUUUUAUUUCUUUUACAAGACUUCCAAAUGUGCAAAGUAGAUUAUCAAAUUUGAGUUCAUUACAUUGUGAAGGUUGUCUCCCUUCAGAAUUCUUUUUUGGCUUAGCCGAAAUAUGUCAUUCUAUUAAAGAUAUUAGAAUUAGAUGUGGAUGUAUUGACAGCGUUGGGUUAAAUACUUUGAUUAAGGCUCAAGAGAGCGGGUUGGUUUCUUUCUUACUUGAUGCAAGUGUUGACAUGCCAUUUCUUAUGAAUGCUUUUUCCAAAAGAUCUGGCAAAUUAAAAAAUUUAACGUCCUUGGGGCGUUAUAGUAUUCCUCUUACGACAUUUAGAGAGUCACCUUUGGAAUCUCUUAUCAUCAAAAGUUAUGAACGUGUUAGAAAAGAAUAUUUUGAGCCACUCAUGACAAAUCCCGUUCAAAAUCUUUGGAAAUUAGAAUUAGAUCUUGUUGGGUUACAAAUUGAAUCACUAAUAACUAUAAUUGAAAAUUCUGGAUCGAACUUACAAGUAAUUUAUUUAAAAUGGCAAUAUGUGGUCGGUGGAUAUUUUGGAUAUAAUGCUCCCGGCCUUUUCACUGCAAUAGCCAAUCAUUGUACUAAAUUAAGUUCUUUAAACAUCGCUGUAAAUUCUAAAACUGUUUUACAAUUAUAUGAAAUAACACUCUCAAAUCCUCAUAUGAAAAGUCUUACUUUACGAGGUGAUACUAUUCCGGGUCAUAAAGUAGAUAUUAGUGAAGGAAUUAUUAAAUUGGCAAAUUCUGAAUCAAUUCCAAAGAAAUUGGAGUUGCUACAGUUGGAUGAUGAUAUCAUGAUCCAAAAUGCGGAUGCUUUGGAUAUUUUCUUUUCAAUUGCCAAAACUAUUUUGAUUAAACCUUUGAAAUUUCAAAUGAUUGAAGGUAUUUUCAAAACGAAUCAAAUUCCUAAAUGCUCUGAAAUCUUUUUGAAACAUCAUGAUAUUUUGGAUAAAAGUUUCAAAAUGUAUUUAAAUAAGUAA